CCCCCUGAUCUCUUUGUGUGUGUGUGCGCGCGCGCGGGGUGUGUAGUGUGCGAGGGAGAGAAAGAGGAGACGGCGUCGUGCGCACACGCUGCCUACAAAAAACACGGAAAUAUAUUUAAAUUGUAUGUAUAACCUUACCGUUACCAUAACAUAAAAAGCUUCCAAGUAUUGAUUGAUAGACAAAGUGAGCCUGGAGUUACUGUUUUUGGAAGCUGUGUGAAUCAAGUUUCAAAACUGGGUCAGAACUCUGGAUUAUCCUACCAUUAAAAAACUUUAUUUAGUUAGCUAAACUCUUAGCUAACUAAAUAUAAAGUUUUCUGCUGUCCGCUAUGUCUGGAAGCGAGGAUGACAGAGAUGAUUAUGGAGCCCCCGAGGACCGGUUAAUGCACGACGAUGAGGAUGAGGAGAUCUCGGAGAAUGAGACUCCGAAGGUGAAGAAGAAGAAGAAGGCAAAGAAGAGCAAAGAGAGCAAGGGCAGCAAGAGGCGCUCACGCAGAGAGGAGGUCCCGAUCAGCUCCCCGGAGGCCAUGGACGUGGGCCCAGUGGAGGAGGUUGAGGAAGGCAGCGCCAUCCUGCGCUCUGACAGCGAAGGCAGUGACUACACUCCAGGACGCAAAAAGAAAAAGAGAGCCAGCAGCGGCAAAGAAAAGAAGAGGAGCAGUUCGGGGGCAGAGAGGAGCAGCUCCAAGAAGAAAGACCCGGAGCCCGAGGAAGAAGAUGAUGACGACGACGACGAUGAUGAUGACGACAGCUCGGAGCCAAAGACGUCAUCCCAGCUCCUUGAUGACUGGGGCAUGGAGGACAUCGACCACAUCUUCACUGAGGAAGAUUACCGCUCUCUGACCAACUACAAGGCCUUCAGCCAAUUUGUCAGGCCCCUCAUCGCAGCCAAGAACCCUAAGAUCGCCGUGUCCAAGAUGAUGAUGGUUCUUGGGGCCAAGUGGCGUGAGUUCAGCACCAACAACCCCCUGAGAGGAGCCGCCGCUGCCAACGCAGCCCUGGCCACCGCCAACGUGCCGGCUGCGGUCGAGACCAUGGUGGCGGAGGCCGCCCCGGUCGUUGUAGCACCACCCCCUCCAGUAGAGCCUCAGCAGCCCCCCCCACCGCCUCUACGCAAGGCCAAGACAAAGGAAGGCAAAGGCCCUAACUGCCGCAAAAAGUCAAAACCAACACCUAAAGCAGCAGACAAGAAAAAUAGUGCCAAGACCAAGAAAGUGGCUCCUCUCAAAAUCAAACUGGGAGGCUUCAACAGCAAGCGGAAACGCUCAUCGAGCGAGGAGGAUGAGCCUGAAGUAGACAGCGAUUUCGAGGACGGCAGCACGAACAGUGUCUCUGUCUCGGAGGGAUCCAACAGCCGCAGCAGCCGCAGCAAAAAGAAGCCUUCCAAGAGCAAACCCAAGAAAAAGAAAGAAGCAGAGGAAGGGGACGGCUAUGAGACGGAUCACCAAGACUACUGUGAGGUUUGCCAGCAGGGCGGAGAGAUCAUCCUGUGUGACACCUGCCCCCGAGCGUACCACAUGGUCUGCCUGGACCCCGACAUGGAGAAAGCCCCCGAGGGCACGUGGAGCUGCCCACACUGUGAGAAGGAGGGCAUCCAGUGGGAGGCCAGAGAAGAGGUUUCCGAAGUCGAGGAGGACAUCGCCGAGCCCGAGAUGGAGGAGGACGACCACCACAUGGAGUUCUGCAGGGUGUGUAAAGACGGUGGAGAGCUGCUCUGCUGCGACUCGUGCCCCUCGUCAUACCACAUCCACUGCCUCAACCCGCCACUCCCGGAGAUCCCCAACGGAGAGUGGAUCUGCCCCCGAUGCACGUGUCCGGCCAUCAAGGGGAAGGUUCAGAAGAUCCUGACAUGGCGGUGGGGCGAACCUCCUCCUCCAACACCAGUCCCUCGACCCCAUGACCUCGCGCCAGAUGCCCCCGAUCCCUCGCCACUGGCAGGGCGGCCUGAUAGGGAGUUCUUCGCCAAGUGGUCCAACUUGUCGUACUGGCACUGCUCCUGGGUCACAGAGCUCCAGCUUGAGAUUUACUGUCAGGUGAUGUUCAGAAACUACCAGCGGAAGAAUGACAUGGAUGAUCCGCCGCCCAUCGACUUUGGGGAAGGCGAGGAGGCCGCCGAAACAAGUGUUAAGAGGAAGAGCAAGAACCCCAUGUACGCAGAGCUGGAGGAGAAAUACCUCCGCUUUGGAAUCAAGAUGGAGUGGCUGAUGAUCCACCGCAUCAUCAACCACAGUUUGGACAGGAAGAAUAACGUCCACUACCUGAUCAAGUGGAGAGAGCUGGCGUACGACCAGGCCACCUGGGAGGCCGACGACAUGGACGUCCCAGAGUUUGACAUCUUCAAGGUGCGGUACUGGAACCACAGAGAGAUGGUGAUGGGAGAUGAGGGGAAACCCGGGAAGAAGAUCAAGGUGAAAGGAAGAGUGAAGCGGCCCGACAAACCUCCAGAGAACCCUGUUGUGGAUCCGACCAUUAAGUUUGACCGACAGCCUGAUUACCUGGACGUCACGGGGGGGAAGCUGCACCCCUACCAGCUGGAGGGUCUCAACUGGCUGCGCUUCUCGUGGGCUCAGGGCACCGACACCAUCCUGGCCGACGAGAUGGGGUUGGGAAAGACGGUGCAGACCGCUGUCUUCCUCUCCUCGCUAUACAAAGAGGGCCACUCUAAGGGGCCGUUCCUGGUCGGCGCCCCACUAUCCACCAUCAUCAACUGGGAGAGAGAGUUUGAAAUGUGGGCCCCCGACAUGUACGUGGUUACGUACGUCGGUGACAAAGAUAGCCGAGCCGUCAUCAGAGAGAACGAGUUCUCCUUCGAGGACAACGCCAUUCGAGGAGGAAAGAAAGCCUCCAGGAUGAGGAAAGACUCGUCGGUCAAGUUCCACAUCCUCCUGACCUCCUACGAGCUGAUCACCAUCGACAUGGCCAUCCUGGGCUCCAUCGACUGGGCCUGCCUGGUGGUGGACGAGGCCCACAGACUGAAAAACAACCAGUCCAAGUUUUUCCGGGUGUUGAACAACUACCCUCUGCAGCACAAGCUGCUGCUGACUGGAACGCCUCUGCAGAACAACCUGGAGGAGCUCUUCCACCUGCUCAACUUCCUCACACCGUUGAGAUUCAGUAAACUGGAGAUCUUCCUGGAGGAGUUUGCCGACAUCGCAAAGGAAGACCAGAUCAAGAAGCUGCACGACAUGCUGGGUCCUCACAUGCUCAGGAGGCUGAAGGCCGACGUCUUCAAACACAUGCCCUCCAAGACGGAGCUCAUCGUCCGAGUGGAGCUCAGCCCUCUGCAGAAAAAAUACUACAAAUUUAUCCUGACGAAAAACUUUGAGGCUCUGAACUGCAAAGGAGGAGGAAACCAGGUUUCUCUGCUCAACGUCGUCAUGGACCUCAAGAAAUGCUGCAACCACCCCUACCUCUUCCCCGCUGCUGCUAUUGAAGCUGCAAAGAUUCCCAACGGGAUGUACGAUGGCAACGCUCUCACAAAGGCUGCUGGGAAACUGACGUUGCUGCAGAAGAUGAUGAGGAAGCUGUAUGAUGGAGGACACAGAGUGCUCAUCUUUUCUCAGAUGACCAAGAUGUUGGACUUGCUCGAAGACUUCCUAGAGAACGAGAGCUACAAGUACGAGAGGAUUGAUGGAGGGAUCACUGGCGGGAUGAGACAGGAAGCUAUUGAUCGCUUCAACGCUCCUGGCGCUCCGCAGUUUGCCUUCCUGUUGUCAACAAGGGCCGGGGGUCUGGGUAUCAACCUGGCCACGGCCGACACCGUCGUCAUCUAUGACUCCGACUGGAACCCCCACAACGACAUCCAGGCCUUCAGCAGAGCUCAUCGUAUCGGUCAGAACAGGAAGGUGAUGAUCUACCGCUUCGUCACCAGGGCCUCGGUGGAGGAGAGGAUUACUCAGGUUGCCAAGAAAAAGAUGAUGCUGACUCACCUAGUGGUCCGACCCGGUCUCGGAUCCAAGACGGGCUCCAUGUCCAAGCAGGAACUAGACGACAUCCUCAAGUUUGGAACAGAAAUGCUCUUCAAGGACGAGUUGUAUGGGACUUUAGGAGAUCCCAAGAACAAGGACGACGACGGCAGCGUCAUCCACUACGACGACAGGGCCAUCGACCGUCUGCUAGACAGGAACCAGGACGCCACCGACGACACGGAGCUAGCCAGCAUGAACGAGUACCUGAGCUCCUUCAAGGUGGCUCAGUAUGUGGUCAAAGACGAGGAGGAGGAGGAGGAGGAGGUGCAGCGAGAGGUCAUCAAGCAGGAGGAGAGCGUGGAUCCGGACUACUGGGAGAAGCUGCUGCGUCACCACUACGAGCAGCAGCAGGAGGACCUAGCCCGCAACCUGGGCAAAGGCAAACGUAUCCGCAAACAGGUCAAUUACAACGACGGCUCCCAGGAAGACCGGGGUAAGAGCAGAGCUGAUUGGCAGGAUGACCAGUCUGACGGCCAAUCGGAUUACUCUGUGGCAUCUGAGGAGGGAGACGAAGACUUUGAUGAGCGAACAGAAGCCAACUCUCGCAGGCCGAACAGGAAGGGCCUGAGGAAUGACAGAGACAAGCCGCUGCCCCCCCUGCUGGCCAGGGUGGCCAGGGUGGGAGGCAACAUCGAGGUGUUGGGUUUCAACUCUCGCCAGAGGAAGGCCUUCCUGAACGCAGUGAUGCGUUAUGGGAUGCCUCCCCAAGACGCAUUCACCACCCAGUGGCUGGUCCGAGACCUGCGAGGGAAAUCUGAGAAAGAGUUCAAGGCGUACGUCUCUCUGUUCAUGCGUCACCUGUGUGAGCCCGGAGCCGACGGAGCCGAGACCUUCGCAGACGGUGUCCCCAGAGAAGGGUUGUCACGGCAACACGUCCUCACCCGCAUCGGCGUUAUGUCACUCAUUCGCAAGAAGGUCCAGGAGUUCGAGCAUGUAAACGGUCAGUGGUCGAUGCCCUGGAUGGCCGAGCUGGAGGAAAGCAAGAAGGCCGCAGCUCUGCCCGACUCCCCGGGGAAAACCCCGUCCACCGGCACCCCCGCCGACACGCAGCCCAACACACCUGCUCCAGUUGACGAAUCCUCUUCAAAGAACGAGGAGACAGUGAAGGAUGCAGACAAGGACACGGAGAAGGAGGUUAAGAAAGAGGGCGAGGUGGAGAAGAACGGCAAAGAGUCGGCAAAGAGCAGCAACGAGGUGAUCUCCAUCCCGGACGACGACGAGAAAACUCCGUCAGCCGAGCCGGAGGCUAAGAAGAACGGGGAGGAGCCCAUGGAGACGGACAAACCGAGCAACGGAGAAACGGAGAGCGUUAAGGAGAAGGAGGGAGAAAAGGAGAAGGAAGGCGAGAAGGAGGGAGAGAGCGAGGAGAAGAGUCCAGAGGAAGGAGAGGAAACCAAGUCGCCUGCCGAGGCCAAGGCGGAGGGGUCAGAGGUCAAACCUGAGGAGACCGAGGUCAAAGCAGCAGAAGAAAAGAAAGACGAAGAGAAGAAAGAAGAGAAGAUGGACACCGCUCCUGCAGAUGAUAAGAAAGUGGACCUGAAGGAGGAGAAGGAGCCUCAGAAGCCGGAGGAGGCGACCAAGCUGCAGAACGGAGACGGCAGCAAGGAGAGCGCCUCCACUGCCGUCACACCCGCCAUCUCUGCUGCCACCGCCGCCGCCGCUGUGGUGGCCGCCGCCGCCAGCGAGGAGAAGAAGAAGGCCAAGACCAGAUUCAUGUUCAACAUCGCUGACGGAGGAUUCACGGAGCUCCACUCUCUGUGGCAGAACGAGGAGCGGGCGGCCACCGUUACCAAGAAAACCAAUGAGAUCUGGCACCGUCGUCAUGACUACUGGCUGCUGGCUGGCAUCAUACAACAUGGUUAUGCCCGCUGGCAGGACAUCCAGAACGACGUGAAGUUCGCCAUCCUCAACGAACCUUUCAAGGGAGAGAUGAACCGAGGAAACUUCCUGGAAAUAAAGAACAAGUUCCUCGCCAGGAGGUUCAAGCUGUUGGAGCAGGCGCUGGUGAUCGAGGAGCAGCUACGUCGUGCCGCCUACCUCAACAUGUCCGAGGACCCCUCCCACCCCUCCAUGGCCCUCAACACCCGCUUCAGUGAGGUGGAGUGUCUGGCCGAGUCCCACCAGCAUCUCAGCAAGGAGUCCAUGUCCGGGAACAAGCCGGCCAACGCCGUCCUGCACAAAGUGCUGAAGCAGUUGGAGGAGCUGCUGAGCGACAUGAAGGCGGAUGUCACCCGCCUCCCGGCAACCAUCGCCCGGAUACCGCCGGUUGCCGUGCGACUCCAGAUGUCAGAGAGGAAUAUCCUGAGCCGGCUGGCGAGUCGAGGAUCAGAGACACAGACACAGUCACAGACACAGUCACAGACUCAACAGAUGUCGCAGCAGCAGAUGUCGCUGCAGCAGAUGUCGCAGCAGUCGCAGCAGCAGCAGCAGCAGCAACAGCAGCAACAGCAGCAACAGCAACAGCAGCAGCAGCAGCAGCAGCAGCAGCAGCUGCAGUAGACGGAAAAUCCGCGCUUUACCUCGAAAACCAACCCCCUGCCUCACCUCGACAUUCCUGAUUGGUGCACAGCAGACUGACGGACAGCGCGCUCAAGCUUGAAGCCACGCCCAGUUCACGUCCCCCCCCCCCAAACAGACUUUAAACAGAGUUUUUCUGGAGGAUCGAAUCCCUUCCCCAACGUUGAGACUGUGGACAGAAAAGCUAUUUUAUUUUUUUUUCUCCUUUUUUCAAUUUCUGUAUUAAUAUUAUUGAUAUAAUGUUAUUAUGAUGGUUUUUUGGGACCUAAAUAAAAAAAAAAAAUGUUAUAAA